UUUUACCAUCGUGAUUUCGACUUUCACCAUCGUGUUUUCGACUGUCACCAUCGUAGCUUCGUGAUUUCGACUUUGAAAUAUAGGGUUCCGAAAUAUAAAUAUCAUUGGUCCAAACGGAACACCGUAAAUAACAGCAAAAGUAAUGAUAAAAAAUGUUGUAACUUGCAAAAAAUGCAAGUUCAUAAAAUCUUCACUUGCAGCUUGAUUUCACUUGCAUUUCACUAUGCAAGCUUAAAUACGAAACCUGGGGCUGCAUCUUCCGUUUAUAGGCAUUGAUAAUUGAAUUCGUGCAUAUCUUCUAAAUGGCGGGGUAUAUUUUUUUCAUUCGAAGUUUACUCUCGUUUCUCAAAAUUACAGCUGGUAAGUCACAUGAUGUACUGGAGAUUCGUUCAUAGCUGAGAGCAGAAUAAUUCCAAAUUAUAAUCUGGCACAUCUAUGUUGUUUUUUUUCAACACAGAUAGAACCCGCAGAUAGAACAUCACAAGUACCUCAAGCUCGAGCUUGCAAAUUCGAUUCGAUGGAGAAGAUGAUCGGUUUAGUGGCAACUGUCCUUCUCCAACUUUUGUCAGGCCAUGAAAACCUAUGACUAAUUCAAUUAAGAAAAUAGAAAAUAUUCCCUUUUAAAAAUCCCACAUUUUCUUCUGUACAGGGAUAAUGAUUAUGCUAUCGUACGUGUUCGGCAUCAUUGAGAUAUUACAAACUGAUGUUAUUUGCUGCGGAAACUGUUAAACAAAUUCCUGAAGUUCUUAUCGGAAUAAUCGAGAAACUGAAUGGAAUUUUACAUGAAGAACCUCUGAAAGCACAGAUCACAAACAGAAAAAAAUAUGGUAGACUCGAUUUAAUUGUCUGAUUAUUAAAGGUAAUGAAAUGAGCAAAAACGUAAUUGAUGCCAAAGAUCUGUCCAAUAUUUAAAUGACAUUACAUUCCUUCAUUUGAAAUUAGUAAAAUAGUAACAGUAAUUAUGAAGGUAAAACAGUUAUAGAGUCCAUCUAAAUGAGGAUAAGUUUAAUUUACACUUAUAUUUAAUAACAGUAAGUAAAGGAUAAUGCUUAGUGACUGUAUUUUAAGGAAAUAAUUCUCUUAACAACUGUUACAGCUCACGAUAUUUGGAAGCAUGCAGUUGUUGUUUUUUUUUACCAUACCCUUGUUUUCAAAAUUGCAUUGAUCCAGGGGUGACACAAUCAAUAUUUCCAAAGUAGCUCCGAUAUUGAUAAAGUAUUUCGGCCGCCAGGCCAAUCUUGCUUUUAACAUUGUCUAUACCGUUUCUGUCAGAAGCUUUAAAUAUGUAUAAGAAGUGUCGUUUGAACUUACAUACCUCAGAUCUGCGCGGAUGUUGAUCGUUUAGCGUCGUGCUGUUAGCAAAUAUCCUAUUGUAGGCAAACGCUUUCAAUCGUGAGAUUUCAAUUUCAUUAGCGAGCUUUACUUAUAAAUUAAUAAAAUUAAACAAAACAAUUGUGCUGGAAAUAUGUUUCCGUAAAACGUACAAAAAAGACGAUAUGAACGUCACUGCGUAUAAUGAUGUUUAUUUAUCUUUCUUCUUUUCUGUUUUAUUUGUCAGUUUUCAAACAACGUUAACUGUUGUUUUUACAAAGUUUGGUCGAGAUUUGAUUCUUGAUGGCUUCCGAUGUGUAGCAGACGACACCAUUUUUCAAGCAGAAAAUAUUUCAACAUCUGUUGAAUGUGCUAGGAUUUGCUACAAGAAAAAAUCAUGUCAUGUCAUUUUUUAUCAACCGGAUUUACUCACCUGUAUCGGCUGUGGUGGGGUUUGCAGUGGCGUUGAGAUCCUAAGUGGCUCGGCAUGCGUUGUACAGGAUCAAUGUCCUCGAAACUGGAUUCAGCACAGAUGCAGGUGUUAUUUCUUCAGUUCUGAUAAAAAAUCAUGGACAAAUGCUUUGGAGGCAUGUAGAGAAAAGGGCGGAGAUCUUGUUGAGGUUAACGAUAUCAUGGAACACCACUUCUUGAUGUCAAAACUCCCGCAUUGGAAUUACUAUGAAUACGAAGUAGGGUUUUGGAUCGGUAUGACAGACAAAGAAAGAAAUGACAAAUUUGUCUGGAUAUCAUCUGGACAGAUUCCUACUUUGCCCUUGUGGCAUCCUGGCCAGCCAACCCAUGUUUGGGACGAGAAUUGUGGGACUUACCUUAGGGACAAAUGGAACGAUUUAAAAUGUGAAGAAGAACUGCCCUACAUCUGCGAGCGUACACUUCAAGUUGACGUGUAGUUUUGCAGAAAACGAAAGAAGAAGAAUAAAGAAUUUAUCAGUCAAGUCAAUAUAUAAACUGCACUUGGACCGUUAUAUUCAAUUCUGCCUAUUGUUUUGCUAUAUGAAGCUUAAGUAAAAUUUUAUUGUUAAUGGUCUUACGAAACUUCUGUUAUUGACCCUUUGUUCAUCAAGUGUUUAGUUAUUACAUAAUAUAUUGUUAUACACGGGAAUGUCUUACAAAAUGUAAAAGGCAAAUGAUUACAUGUAUAUAAGAAGAAAUUAACAGAGAUUGCAUUUUUUGUUUUCUUAUAGAGUUUGAGAUAUCUUGUAUGAGUUAACAGCAUCUGUAGAACACGGAACAAGUAUUUAUUUUAGCUAGGACAAAUAUUUUGCGAUGUAUAGCUUCUUGAAGAUAUGCAAAAACAUUCAAUAGCUAGGUUUACUAAUUAUAGAUAAUAAUCGGUCGGAAUAUACAAACGGAAAGUUCUGAAAUUUACUCAUUAGAUUCUGUCUUAAAUUGUUUGAAAGUUUAUGAUUAAUUUAUCAUUUUCACUGCUAAAAAUAACGCUGUACACAGAAAAAGUCUAUUUAGAUAAUUUACUUGAACACUAUCCUUUCCUGAAACUCUAAACAAAGAUGUACUUAACACGUAGUUGCGUGUUUUUUGUUUGUUUGUUUGUUUGUUGUUUUUUUGUUUGUUUUGUUUUCAAGAUAUUAUAGCACAGUUUAUAAGCUCAUAUAUAGUAAAGUAUAUAAUUCAUAUAUAGCACAGUAUAUUAGCUUAUAUAGAGUGCAAAGUAUAAGCUCAUAUAUAGUAAAGUAUAUUAAUUCAUAGAUAGCACAGUCUAUUACCUUAUGUAUUGAUCAGUCUAUUAGCUCAUAUAUCAAGCUCCAACUCUUAUCUGUACAGUAGAUUGUUUGAAAACUAUGAUCGUAUAUGGGACAACCUAGAUCAGGUUAUUAGCUUAGUAGGGGGUGUACGAUGUGCCGCGGAUACUGUUCUGCAGGUGACAAUUUGACCGCAGAGAAUUUGCCCUGCACAUCUGAUUGAUGCAGUGAGAUGUGCUAUUGCUUGUGGAGAACAAUUCAGAUCUGCUAAACCGUAUAACAGGCCGCUAUUACUGAAUUAAAAUGCUGUUCAAAAUUGGACUAUAGCAACAUCACACGAGCAAUAAAUGAGCAGAAAAUGAUGCUUUGCACUAAUAUAACAGUAAAGAACUUGAUCGUGCUAUAUAUAUGCUACAUUGCUUUUUUAAAGCAUACAAGAACAAUUGUAAUGUCAAUUUUGUUAAAUGUUGUAAUAACCGUAAGCAUUAUGUUUGUAUGUAUGUAGGUAGGUAGGUUGGUAUGUAGGUAGAUAGGUUGGUAGGUAGGUAGAUAGGUGGUGGUAGGUAGAUAGGUAUGUAGGUAGGUAUGUUUGUAGGUAGGUAGGUAGGUAGGUAGGCAGGUAGGUAUGUAGGUAGGUAGAUAGGUUGGUAGGUAGGUAGGUUGGUAGGUAGGUAGAUAGGUUGGUAGGUAGAUAGGUAGGUAGGUAGGUAGGUAUGAAUCUAUCUGCGUGUUUCUGUGUAUACAUAUCAAAAUAAUGUAACUUCUGAUAUUUGUUUUAUUACCGACAUGACAAUUUUUGAAAAUCAUGAAAUUUUUAAAAGAUAAUGUAUAUUUAAAUUAUAUAUUGUUGCGGGAAGAGGAGUUCAAUGUAUUAGGAAAAAAUGAAGGAGGUGUUUCUUUCUCUGCUUAUUUAAUAUAUGAUAUAUCUUACGAAUAUACAAGAAAGAUCUUUUUUGUUGAAAUUCUUUAUUUGAAAACAAUUUAUAUUAGCGUUUAAGAUAAUUAUCUUUUAUUAAAACUGACACAGAUCAAAACAGGUUACCAAAUAUCAUAAGAUCUAAAAUGACAAUUUAUAGAUUAAUUUCAGAAAGUAUAAACAAAAGGGUAGACCAAGUAGUUAAUCCAGUCACAAAUACAAAAGCUAUUUUAUAAAAUGAGAUAAGAGACAUUGGAAAUAAUUUCAUUAACUAUCAAACACUCUGAACUAUAUUUGAAUGACCGAACAGUUAUUUGAGAGAGAGUUUUAAGUAUUGUUACAUGCUUUUUGCGUUGUACAUGUGAUUUCGUAAAAAUACCAACCCCAAACCUAAUCUUUAACUUUGAUUUGUAUGGGGACAUGUAAUGUCAGAAAAUAUAGGGAUUAUGUAAUUUAUUUACUACAUGAUGUAAUUUUUACCACGUUCUGUUAUUAGUAUUAGAUUUCUCUUAAUGGGUCUACAUAAAAGACAUGCAUACCAUCCUGUUUCUAACAAAAUUUAGAACAGGGCGUAUAUUUGUUUCGUUUAUGACUUUUUUAGGUAAAACAUAUUUUUCAUAAUAUAUGCAAUUAAAUUAUUAAAGAUUAGGUUUUGGGCGAAAAUUCUGUUUUCAUUUUUCUAAACAAAAUAUAUUGUGUUUGAAUGAAAUCAAAUAAGUUACUUUAAAGGUUACAGAAACAUUCAUUUUAACUUUUAGCUAAAGAAAAAGAUCAUGAGACAUUUAUCUGACUUGAGUAGCAUUAGAUUCAAUGAUGAUAUUAAGCAUUAAAUGUUGUGUAAUAAUGAUUUAUUAUGACGAAAUAAUAUAGAAUUUUGAACUUGACAUCUAUUCGUUUCUUUAAUGUUUUUUUUCAGAAUUAAAACAUCGAAAACAG